ACCGGUGUUUCCGGUUCGCGUUUCCGGUUCACUCCAUCCCGAACUUUACCUCCGAACGUUCUUCUUGGGUUUCGUUCCGGAGCUGACCCACUCAGACUCACCUUUGAACCCUUUUCUCGCAGAUUUCCAGGAUGUCGCAGGAAAAUAUUUUCCUUUUUGUUCCGAAUUUAAUCGGUUACGCCCGCGUGCUGCUGGCGCUGCUCUCCUUCUUCCUGAUGCCCAUCUGGCCGUGGCCCGCCAUCUUCUUCUACCUGCUCAGCGGCCUCCUGGACGCCUUCGACGGCCACGCGGCGCGGGCGCUGAACCAGUCCACCAAGUUUGGAGCCAUGCUGGACAUGCUGACGGACCGCUGCGCCACCAUGUGUCUGCUGGUCAACCUGUCGCUGCUCUACCCCGCCUACGCCUUCCUGUUCCAGCUCAGCAUGUGUCUGGACGUCGCCAGCCACUGGCUGCACCUGCACAGCUCCACCAUCAAAGGCUCGGCGAGCCAUAAGAGCAUCGACCUGUCGGGGAACCCCGUCCUGCGGAUCUACUACACCUCCAAGCCCGUUCUGUUCGUGAUGUGCGCCGGGAACGAGCUCUUCUUCUGCCUGCUCUACCUUCUUCAUCACAUCCAGGAGCCUGCUGGCUGGCUCCUGUGGCUGCAGGGGCUCUGCGGCCUCAUCUGCCUGCUCAAGUCCGCCAUCAGCGUCCUGCACCUGGUCACCGCCUCCCAGAACAUGGCCGCCCUGGACGCCGCCGAGCGCGAGAAGGCGGCCAAGCAGCAGUGAGGCGUCGGGAGGACGGUCGCUUCCAGUGCUCUGAAGGUUCCUGGCCAAAUAUUUUCCAGCAUAAACGAAGAACGUCUGCUUCCUGUUCUGCCAUCCACCAGGGGGCGUGACCCCCUGCUGAGUGACAGCUCUGCACACUUCCUCCACAUUCCUGCAGGUCCAAGAAACCCCCCCCCUCCUCUGCUGCUGGACCCGCUGAGGAGCGAGGUUUCCUACGGCGGCUGAGAAGGCUCAAACUAGAACGGAGAACAUGCAGAUGGAAGAACACGCCGGCGCCGGUUCUGAUUCACAGCCUCUGACUUUAAGGGAACCCGUGAAGGAUAAUUACUGAGGAACUUUUCAGAAUAAGAGCUUUGAGAAUGCAUCUUUCUUUCCGUACACUUCUCUGUGGGUUUAUGGAGGAACUUCCUCAGAACCUUCCGGUCCGUUAAACCGCAGCUGUGAAUCUGAAGCCGACUUCCUGCGUUCCUUCAUCUAAAGGUUCUUGCCUGUUCUCUUGCUUGCAUUGUUGUCAUUUGCAGCCAUUGAGCUCUGUCAGCCUGGUUUCCAUGGAAACGGGGGGAUCUGUUAGAUGGGACACUAGCUUUUAGGAAGUUCCUCGGCAGAACCAGGCAGCUUCUCCUGAGGAGAACCCUCCUCCACGCGUCAUAGGAAGCCUGAUUUUAUUUGAAGAUUUGAUCGUAAUCCUCUUCACCUCUAAUUUAUUGCCGCCAUGACAUCAUGUCUAGUAGAACCUCCUGCGGCCGGAUCCAGGUGAGCUUUCAUAGGAGGCGGGUUCUGGUUCUGACAAACGGAUCCGCUGCUGAGGAAAACCCAGAAUCCUCUGAACAGAAGCCCUUUGGUGGUUUUCUUCAUGGGAUGCUGUGGGCUCCGUUCACCUGAGGAAGACCUCUUUACUGUAUGUGAUGAAGCCUGUUUGAAUGUGUAAAACUUUAUUGUCCAUCAGCGCUCGGCCGUUUGCCCCAGAAAUGUUGACGUUUUGUGGGUUUGAAGUUUCUGUGAAGCAAAUAAAUGGACUUCAGCCGUGAAA